AUGUUUGCACUCACCCUCUCCCUCGGCGUUUGGUUGAUGGUCAGGUCUGGCGACAAACUUGUGCACUUUCACAAUCAUCGUCGGCAGAUUGAAAAGCUCAGUUGGGGAGCCAAUGAUGUGUCAUUUGUCUUUCAUGACUCACAUGGCUUUGAAGCAGGCAGAACAUCUGAGCUGGAUAAAGUCAAGGAGUUUCUGCAAAAAUGUUCAACCAACAAAUUGCUCAAGGAUCAUCUGCAUGUGAUUUGGUACUGCAUCCCAAUUAAUGAUGAAGCCAGACCAUUUACAAGAGCAGAGUUAACUUUCUUUGAUGAGUGUGGGACUGGUAGAGUUCCUGUUAUUGUCCUGUUUACAAAAGCAGAUAUGCUUGAUGCUCCAACCAUCAAACACCUGGUUGAUACUGGAAUGGAUGUUGAAGAUGCUGCAAAUAAAGCUCCAGAAGAAUUAAUUGCAUUUGACAGAUAUGCAAAAUCCCACAAGUGA